CAGAAGGCAGAAUCUGAUCUGGAUUACAUUCAGCACAAAUUGGAGUUUGAAAUAAUGAAAAACCUUCCUGAUAAUCCAUCAGCAGAGAAAUCAGCUGAAGUGUUAGCAGGCACUGUCAACUUCAACACCCUCCUCAAGACACACCUCUGCUAUGACCCUUGCAAUAGAUCAGCCAACAAAUGAUGACUAGACUCAGGCUUGUGGGAGAAAGAAAAAGGGAAAAUCCAGUGACUCUCUUAGAGAAACUCUCAGUAGUGAAGUCACGUUAUAAAAUGUUAUGUGCACAGCUGGAAGAAAUUUCCAAAGAGCAAAGAGAGUCUAUGAGCUGUAUUCAUGCUACUCUAGAGAACACUAUGAAGAUGGUGCAGGCACUACAGCGACACGCUGAUCUUGAGCUUUCACCUCUGUCUGAAGAAGAACAGACUGCAGCACAACAGUUAGCAUGUAAAACUGUUAAAGGAACAGAUCCACCAGUGGAAGAGCCACUGAGUUCAGUGUCUACAGGUCCUAUUCCAGAUGGGGAACCACAGUUCAAACCCGUGACUAAGGAGAUGUUUAUGGCUGUACCAAGGAUUAUCAGAAGUACUGUUAAAUUAGUGGACCUGAACAGCUUUUACAGGGAAUUAUUUAACUACUUUGUUCUAAAUGGGAACAGAGCAGCAUUGAGUGUUGCACAGAUGAACAAGAUGAAUAUGAAAGCCACCAAUUCCAGGCUACAAAUCCUGAAAGAACUUUCCAUUGUAGAAAUUGACAAACAAGGAAAUGCUAAGUUAACUGUGUAUAUUUAAGCCUAAAUGAACUAAUCAUAUUUUGAUAAAAGGAAUUUGGGUGCAGCUCCUGGCGUAUUGGAAGGCAAAUAGUUCUCUGUUUAUAAAAAUGAUGCACGUGAAAAUUUGUUGUUAAUGUGACUGUAUUAGGAUUCUCUUUGUAAUACCGAAUUAUGAAUUAAAAACCAUAUAACAAGUUUUGUAAA